AUGGAGCUCAGAGUGGGAAAUAAGUACAGGUUGGGCAGGAAGAUUGGAAGUGGCUCCUUUGGAGACAUCUAUUUAGGUGCAAACAUUGCCACUGGUGAGGAGGUGGCCAUCAAACUGGAAUGUGUGAAGACAAAGCACCCUCAGUUGCACAUUGAGAGCAAGUUUUACAAGAUGAUGCAGGGGGGAGUGGGGAUUCCUUCAAUCAAAUGGUGUGUGUGCAGAGGGAGAUUACAAUGUGAUGGUAAUGGAGUUACUGGGCCCAAGCCUUGAAGACCUCUUUAACUUCUGCUCCCGCAAAUUUAGCCUGAAGACAGUGCUCCUCCUGGCAGAUCAGAUGAUCAGCCGCAUUGAGUACAUCCAUUCCAAGAACUUCAUUCAUCGGGAUGUUAAGCCAGACAACUUUCUGAUGGGUCUUGGGAAGAAGGGGAAUCUAGUCUAUAUUAUAGAUUUUGGUCUAGCCAAGAAGUAUCGUGAUGCUCGGACACAUCAACACAUCCCUUACAGAGAGAAUAAGAACCUUACUGGGACUGCAAGAUACGCAUCUAUAAAUACCCAUCUGGGCAUAGAGCAAAGUCGCAGGGAUGACUUGGAGAGCUUGGGCUAUGUGCUUAUGUAUUUUAACCUGGGGUCGCUGCCUUGGCAAGGACUGAAGGCAGCAACCAAGCGCCAGAAAUAUGAACGAAUUAGUGAGAAGAAAAUGUCUACCCCUAUUGAGGUCCUCUGCAAAGGAUACCCUUCUGAGUUUUCAACAUAUCUGAAUUUUUGUCGCUCCCUUCGGUUUGAUGAUAAACCGGACUAUUCCUACCUGAGACAACUCUUCCGUAACCUCUUCCAUCGGCAAGGCUUCUCAUAUGACUAUGUUUUUGACUGGAACAUGCUGAAAUUUGGUGCAGCCCGGAAUCCAGAAGAUAUGGACAGGGAAAGAAGAGAACAUGAUAGAGAAGAAAGAAUGGGCCAACUCAGAGGUUCUACAACUAGGGCAUUACCCCCUGGUCCUCCCACUGGUGCAGCUCCUAACCGGCUCAGAAAUGGUGGAGAACCAGUAGCCUCUACUCCAGCAUCCCGAAUUCAGCAGAGUGGUAACACUUCUCCUCGAGCAAUCUCACGGGUGGACAGAGAGCGCAAGGUCAGCAUGAGGUUACAUCGAGGAGCUCCAGCAAAUGUCUCUUCCUCUGAUCUCACAGGGCGACAAGAGGUUUCACGAAUUUCAGCGUCACAGGCCAGCGUACCAUUUGACCAUCUUGGAAAAUGAGGGCAGCCAUUGGACCAAUGUUUGCUUU